UAAAGUCAAGAAAGUCUUACUUCAUUAAGGCAAAGAAGUAAUAGUGUUGUGAAGAAGAGAGAGCUCAUAUUGGAAAUCGGAUUAAAAACACUUUCAGGGAUCAAAAAUUAAACAGAAAGUUUCAUCAGAAUUGAAACUGAUUGUGUGCCGGAUAUAGCAGUGACAAUAAUUCGUCUCAUUUCAAAAACAUGGCAGGAUUAAAAUUUCUAUUUAUAGUGAUAUUAUUAAAUGCGACGAUAGAACGCUGUCAAUCACGAACCGGUAACGAGCCGUCAUCAUUAAGAGAUUUGCAUUUUCAGCAUGAGCAUGCAUUGGAACGAAAUGAGAAUCAUCAUCGAAUUAGGCGCAAUGUAUUUUACGACAUGCUCGAGGAUAUAACAGGCGUUUCAGAUGAUGAAGAUGGGAGCGAUGAAGACGAUGAGGAGGAUGAGGAGGUUGAGAGCAAUUCGGAAAGUGUUGAAAGCACAACAGCUAGAUUUGGAAGAUUUAUAUCACCAUUAGCAUUUUCGAAAAUAUCUGAAACUUUAGGUGCCCUCAAUACAGUCGGACGGUAUAUUGUCAACAUGACACGAAGACAAGAUACGUCAAUUACAAACAAUAAUCCAUCUGAGAAUGUACCAAAUGCUAUUCUUACGUUAACAAAGAAUGUCUUGGGUCAAAAUGUGACAAAGACAAUUGAACCGAUGAUUAAAAGAUUUUCAGUCGUUGAAACAAGAGACGAUCCAUCGCUGCUUGAUGCGACGCUUACUGAAACGACUUCACUGUCACCUUUAAAUGAACUCUCGACAAUUGCUGUCACAGCGGUCGGACAAGUCCAACAGCAGCCACAUUUUCAUUCGGUCGAUCCAAAGAAGAAGAAAACAAAAUCUAAAAUAAAGCGAAAGGAUCAAAUUCAGCCUGUUACUGAAAAAGUGCCUGUGAUUGAACAGCUGGAUCCAGUUGUAUCGAUUACAACAACCCAAAAACCAAAAAUUGUUGAUUAUCAAGGCAAAGAGGGUGAAAAUAGAUGUUUUACACCAGAUGGACGCCCAGGGAAAUGUGAUGAUCUCAGCAAUUGUCCAGGCUUGUUACUCGAUUUGACGCAUCUUCGUGAAUCACUUUGCUUUAAAAGUCUUUUUGUUCCCGGCGUUUGUUGUCCAGCAUCAGAACAUUCAACUACCGUGACUACGCAACGCCCCUUAAAAUUAACAACACGACCCACAACAACACGACCAAGCUUGUUCUUGAAUCCUAUUACAUCAUCGACAACAUCUCAACGUCCUUUAGUUCCUGUCUUUACAAUUUCUAGCACCGUUACGCAAACGCCUUCAACUUCUCUUAUCAGCAGUGGCGUAUCCGGUCGACCACCACAACAACUUGAAACAAUCGGAUCGAAUUUCGUUGAUCCAGAAGAGUGUGGACAGCAAGAGUAUAGUUCAGGUAGAAUUGUUGGUGGAACUGAAUCAAGCAGUGGUGAUUGGCCAUGGAUGGCUGCUAUUUUCCUUCAUGGUCCAAAGAGAACAGAAUUUUGGUGCGGUGCAUCAUUGAUUGGAACAAAAUACGUUCUUACAGCAGCGCAUUGCACACGUGAUGCGAGACAAAGACCUUUUGCAGCACGACAGUUUACAGUUCGUUUGGGAGACAUUGACUUGUCUGUUGAUCAUGAGCCAUCAGAUCCAGUCACAUAUAAAGUUAAAGAAAUUAGAGCACAUCCACGUUUUUCUCGUGUAGGAUUCUAUAAUGAUAUUGCCAUUAUGGUGCUUGAGCAGCCAGUCAGAAAAUCCAAGUAUAUUAUUCCCAUUUGCCUGCCAAAGCCAGUCAUUCAGAAGGAAAGACUGAUAGGAAGACUUGGAACUAUUGUGGGCUGGGGAACAACGUAUUAUGGUGGUAAAGAGUCGCAUGUUCAACGUCAAGCUAGUCUUCCGAUCUGGAGAAAUGAGGAUUGUAAUCGAGCAUACUUCCAACCAAUUACAGACAACUUUUUAUGUGCUGGAUAUUCAGAAGGCGGAGUUGAUGCCUGCCAAGUUAUGUAUUCAUGUCAUUAUGGCAUGUAA